UGCCAGAGAGUUAAACAUUUUUAAUUACCUUGAUGUUAAUUACAGUUUUAAAAGGAGGUACAAUAUAUGUUUGAUUAUUUCCCUUGUAGAAGUUCUGCAUCAAACGUUUGUCAAGUAUUAAAAUGAGAUACGACAAACAUGCUGCUUCAUGGAUUUUCAACUUUAUUAUUGUAUUCUGGACGACGCGCCAAACUCACGGUUCCUCGGGAUCUCCUAGCCAAUGCAAACAUGAAACUAUUCAAUAUAAUGUUACUAUACCCGGGGGAAUUCGGUCAGAUUUCUCAUAUCUAGGCGAGGUCUCUAACAUGAGAGAAUGCAUUGAACUUGCUUGUAAGGAAGGCGAGGGAGAUCUGGUGUAUCUGUUGGACGAUCGGUGUUUUUUGAUGAAAUGCGUCACUACAUGUGACCUGCUCAAGGCUCCACAUGCUGAAUCUGCUGCAGCGCGCCUUAACUGGACAGGGGUACAAACCUUGCCUCCGAGUAACAUCGACUCUACAACUGCUUCAACAUACUCGAAACCCACGGAAAAACCUUCGGAAAAACCAACGAGCACUUACACCCCUGCACCAAGAGUUAAACCGGGAGAGAAGGGUCCAGAUAAUAAAAUUGCAAAGUCAGCAGAACAUCGUCUUCUCCAAGAUUUGAUUUACAGUGAAAGUUACAACAAAGAAGUUCGACCAGCGCUUCACGAGAAGGAUGUGGUCAAAGUAUCGUUUUCUCUGAGCCUCGUUCAGAUUGUGGAUGUGGACGAGAAAGCAGAGAUACUGAAAGUUAAUGUCUGGACAACACAGAAAUGGAAAGACCCUUUUCUGCAGUGGGACCCAGACCAUUACGAAGGAAUCAGCCAAAUCAACGUAGAACCAUAUUUAGUGUGGCUGCCAGUCAUAAUUCUCUAUAACAAUGCUGCUAAAGGUUUUGCUGGUGGUUUGGAAAAGUACAAGACCAAGGUGGUGAUUCGCAGCAACGGUACGAUCACGUGGUUUGCUGCUACGCAGUUCACCUCAUCAUGUAAACAGAACAUCCGCUUCUUUCCUUAUGACGAGCAGUUCUGUUACUUGAAAUUCGGAUCUUGGACCUACAGUACAAAGUUCCUGGACAUGACCACGAGCCAGACGAAAGCCGACAUGUCGUCUUACAUUAAGAACGGUGAAUGGGAGGUGAUAGAUGUUCCUGUGACGGAGAACAAGCUCUACUACGUGUGCUGUCCUGAUCCGUACGCCGACAUCACCUUUACAAUCCACAUGAAGAGGAAGGUUCUUUACUACAUCUUCAACCUUAUCGUCCCUACCACCAUUAUCGUCACCUUCAUUCUGGUCGGCUUCUGUCUUCCGCCGAUCACAGGUGAAAGGAUCACGUUAAACAUCACAGUGCUGCUGACCAUGACGGUAUUUUUGAACAUCGCGUCCAACACGCUGCCUUCCACCUCGGACGCCAUACCCUUGCUUGGAGACUAUUAUCUGAUUCUGAUGAUCCUGGUCUGCUUCGCAAUUCUCUCCACGUGUAUUGUACUGCGAUAUUACUAUGCUGGUCCCACGCGCAUGCCCGAACGAUUGCGCAUAAUAAUUAACGAAUGGAUUGCCUCGUUUCUGUUUUUCGUCAUCACUAGGAAACCCAAGGGAAAAGGCAUCAACCAAUGGUGCGGCAAACGAACCGAGCAGGCGUGUUACGACUGCGACGAGACUAACAAUCUGAUGGCUGCACAGAGCUAUAUUGUCCAAAAUGAGAACAACACUGCCGAGGAACGAAUUGCACUCAUCGAAAUACACCCAAAAAAUCCAGUCCCGCGGGUCAACGGGAUACAAGGCCAACAUCAGCGGGUGCCAUUGGGCGCAGCAUCAUCACCAAUGAAAUCAAAGAGUGAGCCGGCUAUUAACCUCACCAGCGGACCUUCGGGAGCUUCAGAGAAGCGAAUACGAAGGAGAAAAGUGUCGAUCGUUCCCAAACGGAGCAACGCGUUGAAUACAGUGCAGAACAGAGUUAUGGACGGGCUUGGUGUUCUGACCCGGAGAGUUAAAGAAGACAAUGAACGGGGAGAAAUAAUCGAGGAGUGGGAGUUCGCAGCCAUUGUUCUUGAUCGCUUGUUCUUUGUGUUGUAUUCUUUGACGUUUGUGAUUCCGUUGCUUGUUUUUUUCUGGACUGCUCCGACUCCGAAGACCAGCCUAGUGGAACCACAGUGACGGGUGUAUGUUUGAUUUUGACAGCACUGCAACCAGGCAAUAGUUUACUAAAGGAGGCAGCCUGGCCUAGUGGUUUGGGCGCCUGACUUGAAAUCCGGGGGUCUUGGGUUCUGGAGUUGUUUCUCGGUAGACUCUAGACCAACUCCUCGGUCAUGCUUGUAAAUAUCUGCCUCCCGCCAGUUGGGAUUUUUAAGCCUAUUAUGCUUAUUUGAUUUAUUUGUUUCUUUCAGUUUAAGUGGCAUGCUUGGACUAGCUAGGUGUAGAUGAGCGCUUUGACCACUAUAAAGAGCAACGUGUGUAAAUCAAUGUAAGAAAGAUCACGUUUGAACUGCGGGGGAAGAUUGAAAGACAUGUAUGAUCAACAACUUAAGCGGCGGGAAAUUAAAGCCUCAAAAAAGAAAAUAAUAAUCGGGCUUGAACGGGAUUCGAACCCGUGAACUCCUCGUACACAACUGUAAUGCAGGUUCCCUUUUGACCAAACAUCUAUUCAUGCAGUUAAUGUUCCACGGAAUUGACGAAAUCUUGUACAGUAAGGAAAUAAGGAAAUAAGGAAAUGCACAGUUGACCUCAAAAUUAACUGAAAAUUUUGUUCAAGUUUGUUUUGUUCAUUUUGUUUUUCUGGAAUUGACCAGCGCCCAAGUAAAGUUCUCUUACUUCACUUUUCCUCGUUACUAUGACCCCCUGGGGGUAAUGGCCAUAAGUAAAUAAACUACAAUAUUUAGAGAUGAAGCCACAUUAGCCUUUGCUGGUGUUCAUGCAGGUCCUCUAUCCUGCUUGAAUUGGAAUUUGGAGCUGUUGGUUUUUGUGGAGGGAAGAGAACCGGAGAACCCGGAGAAAAACCCUUUGAGCAACCUACAUAUGGCGCAGGGCCGGAAUCGAACCCGGGCCACAUUGGUGGGAGGCGAACGCUCCCACCACUGCGCUAUGC